AUCAGAAUGAAAUAAGGUAUAAAUACAUACUUUCUACACUGCUAUUAGUCGGCUGCUUUCAUCGCGUUGAAACUCAGAAUGACUCAUUCUCUUAUAUAAAGGUCCAUGCAGUUGUUCUCACGCUCUAUCUCCCUUCCAUCUUCAAAGUUAAUAUGAGUUCUGAAAGAGCCUCUUGGAAUAUUAAAGCAUCAAGAACAGCUAACCAAGCCCAUAAUCCCAUUCGUGCUAUAGUCGAUAAACUUAAAGUAGAUCCCAAUGCCACCAAGCCUUUGAUUAGUCUUUCAAUUGGCGAUCCUACAAUCUUUGGCAAUUUCAAUGUUGAUCCCAGCAUCAAUGACGCUGUUAUAAAGCAAAUCAACAGUUAUCGCGCUAAUGGUUACCCACCUGCUGACGGCACCCUUGAUGCACGUACAGCAGUAGCCAAAGCACACACCCAUCCUAAUGCUCCUCUCACAGCAAGCGAUGUUAUCUUGGCCAAUGGAUGCUCAGGGGCUCUUGAAAUGUGUGUCAAUGUGCUUUGUAACGAAGGAACAAACAUUCUAUUGCCUCGUCCAGGGUUCUCACUUUAUGGUACACUGGCUGCUACACGCUUUGUUGAAGCCAAAUACUAUAACUUAAUCCCAGAGAAAAAUUGGGAAGCUGACCUAAAGCAUUUGGAAUCUUUAAUUGAUGAAAAAACAAGCGCUAUUUUAGUAAACAAUCCUUCCAAUCCUUGUGGCUCAGUCUACUCUCGCGAACAUCUUGAAGCUAUUCUCAAGGUGGCUGAAAAGCACCAUGUGCCCAUAAUUGCUGAUGAAAUAUAUUGUGAUCUUGUCUUCAAGGGCAAUACAUUCUAUCCUAUGGCCACCUUGACCUCUACUGUACCCAUCUUAUCCGUAGGCGGUCUUGCCAAAAAAUGGCUUGUUCCUGGCUGGAGAGUUGGUUGGAUCCUUAUUCAUGAUCGACAAGGUGUAUUUAGAGAGAUCCACGAGGGCCUUCACCAAUUGGCCCAAGUGAUUCUUGGUCCCAACUCACUUAUUCAAUCUGCUCUUCCUGAUAUUCUUGAAAAAACACCUGCUUCAUUCUAUGAAUCAACAAUACAGCAAAUCCAGGCCAAUGUUGAUCUAAGCAUGAAGAUCAUUGGCCGUAUAGAUGGUCUUAAACCCGUGACACCCCAAGGUGCUAUGUAUAUGAUGGUCGGUAUUGAAAUAGAAAAGUUUAAAGAUAUCGAAUCCGAUGUUGAUUUCAGCGCAAAAUUGCUUGCAGAAGAGAAUGUCGUUUGCUUACCAGGAGAGUGCUUUAAAUAUCCAAACUUUGUCCGUUUCGUCAUCACACCUACGAUCGAUAAACUAGAAGAAGCAUACAAGCGAAUUGAAGCAUUCUGUGAUAAACAUCGUAAAUAAAUAAGCUAUUAUUGUAUUAGGAGGUGCCUUUCUGUUGUCUUCUUUUUUUUUUCCAGGGAGAAUUAUAAGGUAUAAGGAGUAAUCAAAUGCACACACAAAAAGUCUUUUUUUUUCCGCAUAUCCCUUUUGUUUCUGCGUCGAUCUCCCUAUCCUCUCCUCUUCUCCCCUUUAG